AUGACCGUCCUCGGCCAGCCCGCACAGGUCGUGCUCGGCUCCCUUGCCCGUGCCAACGACUACCAGCGCAUCCUUACUGAGCUCAAGGCCGGUGGAGCUCCAGUCUCUGGCGAGAUGGUCGACCGUAUCCUUGACAAUGCUACCGGCUUCCCCGCCGGCCCGCUCACCAUCCACCUCGUCCUUCCGCUUCCCCUCCCCUCGUCCCUCCUUCCCAUCAUCCCGGCCUCGACCACUGUCCUCAUCUACCCCGCCGAGUCGCCCGAGUCUGCCACCGUCUCCGAGCUCCAGUCCCAGCUCGCCCAGCGCGGCUUCACCGCGUCGGCUGCUGCCGCCGUCCCCGGUGCGUUCGCCUACACCGCUCCCGAGGCCGUGGCGUCCACCUCGUCGAGCUCGACCGCCUCGACUCCCGUCUUUGCCGCCCCCGUCGCGCUCUCGGCUCGCCCCCUCACGCUCAAGCGCUCAGCGAACAAGGCCCAAAAGUCGGCCAUCUGGGCCAUCGAGUCGCCCCUGCUCGCUGACAACGGCCGCUCCCUCCUGACCCCCGAGGACCGCGCUCGCCCCGAGUGUGUGUUUCCCGACGCAUCGACCGGCAAGCCCGUCAAGCGCAGGCGCGCGUGCAAGGACUGCACGUGUGGCCUGGCGGAUCUGGAGAAGGAGGAAGAGGACCGCGCCGCCGCCGCCGUCAAGGAGGCCCAGGCCGCCUUCUUUCUCGAGGGCGACGACGACAUCCCGGCCCACGUCAAGACCGCCACCGCUGGCGUCGAGGGCGUGUGGCCCGUCGACCGCCGUGCCGAGGCCAAGAAGACGAGCUCGUGCGGCUCGUGCUACCUCGGCGACGCUUUCCGCUGCGGCUCGUGCCCCUACCUCGGCCUCCCUCCAUUCAAGCCCGGAGAGAAGGUCCAGCUCUCGAUUGGCGACGACCUCUAA